CAAGGAUGCACGCGCGCUGCUGGCUGAGCGUGCGUAGAAUGGACCGUGGUGAUGCGCGCGCACGCGCGUGAGUCCUGAGCGCUCAAGGACAGGUACCAUGAGAUGAAGAGAAGGGAGGAGAGACACGUUUGGAUAAGGAAAGGACUACGCACAUGGGAGCUUUGGAUUAAUAUCUUAUAGUCGUCGCCGAAAUGGCCAAAAACACAUCAUUAUAUUUUCGCAUUGUCGAGGGCAGGAACCUCCCAGCCAAAGAUGUGUCCGGUACCAGUGAUCCAUACUGCAUAGUAAAAGUUGACAAUGAAGUUGUAGCCAGGACUGCCACAGUGUGGAAGAACCUCAAUCCUUUCUGGGGUGAAGAGUACACGCUGCACCUCCCAAUGGGGUUCCAUUCGCUCUCUUUCCAUGUCAUGGAUGAGGAUACUAUUGGCCACGACGAUGUCAUUGGAAAGAUUUGUCUGACCAAAGAAGCUAUUGGAUCUCAAGCAAAAGUGCUUGACAGUUGGAUGAAUCUGACGAGAGUUGAUCCCGAUGAAGAAGUGCAAGGAGAGAUCCACCUAACCCUUCAACUGCUAAAACACACAGAGAAAAUUGUCCUGCAAUGUGGCGUGAUCGAAGCCAGAGACCUGGCCCCAAGAGACAUCUCCGGAACCUCAGAUCCAUUUGCACGAGUUAUUUACAGCAGCCACAGUGCCGAGACCUCGAUCAUCAAGAAAACACGUUUCCCUCAUUGGGGAGAGACCCUGGAGCUGGACUUAGAUCCACAAGAACUCAGUGAAGAAGGAACUGUCAUUGUGGAGGUUUGGGACUGGGACAUGGUGGGCAAAAAUGACUUUCUGGGAAAGGUGGAAAUCCCUUUUGCUUGUUUGCAUAAAACUCCGUUAUUGAAGAGCUGGUUUCGUUUGCUACCUUUGGGAAACAAUGAAGUGGAUGCAGGUGGCAAGUUGGGAGCAUUGCGUUUGAAGGUGCGUUUGGUCGAGGAUCACAUUUUGCCGUCUUUGUACUAUCAGCCCCUCACUGACCUUUUGGUUGAGUCGGUCAUCUCCCCUGCUGAGGUUGAUGACAUCAGUGCAUUGACCAUGCUGGAGGAGGUGACCACGGUUGAGAGUCGGCAAGACGUGGCCAUGACCUUGGUGAAGAUCUACCUGGGUCAGGGCCUGGUUGUUCCCUUCUUAGACUAUCUGAACACCCAGGAGGUCAACCAUACCGCUGAUCCAAACACUUUAUUUCGUUCCAACUCUCUCUCAUCCAAAGCCAUGGAGCAGUUUAUGAAGGCUGUUGGCAUGCUAUAUUUACAUGAGGUGCUGAAGCCUAUCAUCAACCGUAUCUUUGAUGAGAAGAAGUACAUUGAACUGGACCCAUGUAAGAUUGAUCUGAAUCACACAAGACGAAUUUCAUUCAAGGGCGCAGUGUCGGAGGCAGAGGUGCGAGACAGCAGUGUGGAGAUGUUACAAAACUACUUAACCAAGAUCGUUGAAUCAAUCAUUGGCUCGGUUGAGCAAUGUCCUCCUGUCAUGAGAGUGGCCUUCAAACAGCUGCACAAGCGGGUGGAAGAGCAGUUUGCUGAACCUGAGAACGAGGAUGUGAAAUAUCUCGCCAUCAGCGGAUUCUUUUUCCUGCGUUUUUUUGCUCCUGCAAUCCUCACACCUAAACUGUUCCAGCUGAGAGAUCAACAUGCUGAUACACGUACAAGCAGGACAUUAUUACUGCUGGCCAAGGCAUUACAAAGUGUGGGGAACCUGGGCCUCCAGCUUGGCCAUGGAAAGGAGCAAUGGAUGGCACCUCUUCAUCCCAUCAUCCUUCGCAGUGUGGCCUCUGUCAAGGACUUUUUGGACAAAUUGAUCGACAUAGAGCAUGAUAUCGUGUCUGUGAUGCCACAGGGGGCUGUCUUCCUUCCCUCGGUGAUCGUCAAAGAAGGAUACCUACACAAACACAAAGCAGAAGGAACCCAGCUGCUGUCUCGAUUUUCCUCCAAGAAGCGCUACUUCUGGUUGACUAGCGAGACCCUCUCUUACGCCAAGACACCUGAUUGGCAGGUGCGCUCCUCAAUGCCCAUCCAUUGUGUGUGCGCCGUGGAGAGGGUGGACGAAAAUGCCUUCCAGCAGCAGAAUGUAAUGCAGGUCAUUACCCAGGACAAUGACGGGCAGCUGCAAACCAUGUACAUCCAGUGCAAGAAUGUAAAUGAGCUGAACCAGUGGUUGUCCGCUAUCAGGAAAGUUAGCAUCUACAAUGAGCGAAUGCUUCCUUCCUUCCACCCAGGGACACAUCGCGGGGGCAAGUGGACGUGCUGCCUGCAGACAGAGCGCACAAUUCCAGGCUGCAGUCGAACUCACUCUGCUGUGAUUCUGGGGGACUGGAGUGACCCUCUUGAUCCUGACGCAGAGACUCAGACAAUUUACAAACAGUUUCUCCAGGGAAGAGACAAACUCAGGAAAAAAUAUCUUCCAGAGGCAGAUGCAGAUCAGAUGGCAGAUCAGAUGGCCAGCAAAGGAGGGAUGAACUCUGUCAAUGACCCAGAUGGCGCAGAAUGUAAAGUGGGCCGCGUAAAGGCAGGUCAGAUCCUUGCCACUCGCCUCCUAACGGUGAUUGAAGAUUUAGAAAAGGCCCAUGCAACUUUCCAGGGCAGAGACAAAGAGGACCCCACCAAUGUCUGUCUGAGUCUCUAGGCCAGACUAAGAGGGAUCCCAAUAAAUCCUUCCCAAAUACAAGUGAGAUGGAGUGCCACCCUCAAGAUCGUGAUGGAGGAAAAGUGGGUGAAUAGGCGCAUCCAUUUGAAAGCAUUCCCAAUAUGUAGGCCAUGCUUUGUAUUCUGUGAGUGCCACAGACUACAGCAAUGCCUCAGAGAAUUUAUGACACUUGACGAUAAAGGGAGCAUGAUCUGACUUGAUAUUUUUUUGGCGUAUGGUUUGCAUCCUCUCGUGGUUGAAUGUGUGUGUGUAGGGGGGAUCUUUUAUAUUUUGAAACAUUUUACAGGCUACCAGGUCAUACAUUUUUAUGCAAAAGAUUGUUAUAUAGUGUGCUUAACUUUCUAAAAGUAUUUUUUUUUUGCUUUUGUGCAUGAUGGUUGUUGGCGCCUCAUUAAUUCAAUGUUACCAUGGCUGCAGUUACAUCAUCCAAACAUCUUAGGGGUGGGGCACAUCAUAACUUGUGCAUAGACAAACAAAGUAAAAAUUAUUGUAAUUGUUGCUUUGGACCCUUUAUGAUAAAACUGUGUGCUUUUUGUUUGGCUGUCAGUAUCCAAAUCAAAUGUUUGUUUUUUACUUGCAUCUGACAAUGCAUUAUGGUAACCUUCCUUGUAUGGGGGUAAUAUUUACAUAUUACAUAUAUCCAGCCACCUAACAUCAUAUGCAGGAUAAAUGACACCACAUUGUUUUGGGGAAGUGUGAAUAAGAUGGCUAGCCUACAAUUUUAUAUAUUUUUGAGGUGCCAUUGAUAUUGGCAUUUGAAAGUGUUACAUCAUGUGGAAAAUGCCAAUGUAAAGACCAAAAAUGUCCGUUUUACAUUUGUACAUGUAAAAUCAGUGAUUUUCCUUUAAACAUGUCUCUGGGUAGCAGAGCUGAUUAUUUUUUGAUAUUGUGCGAAAAAAUUUAGCACAGAUUAUGUGGUCAUGUCAGUGGAAGAGUUAAUGUGUGCGUGUGUGGUUUUUAUAAUAGUGACUAUUGCAGAAAGGACAAUCAAUCAUGUUUAGUUUUUUUAUUGUGGUCCAAAAUAUUUUUUUCGGGAUUGCUCUCACAUUUAUCACAUCAUAAAAAUUGGAUUUGGAAAACACAGUGAACAGAAACCUCAAACCCCUUUUAUUUUGAAACCUCACUGUGCUUCAAGUGGACUAUCAACUGUAGAAUGACAAUACUAAUAUUGAUUAAGCUCUUCUAACAUGUCCCCAGUUCAUUUUGUUAUGUAAAGGGAAGAUGUGCAUCCUAUGAACAUGUCCAAUAAAUUUUGGACCCUGCACAAUGCAUUUAUGGGGCAAACUUA